CUGCAGAGCUUUCCAACUUUUUCUUCGAUAAUGUUGACUUAGCUAGAGUUACAUGAGAUCGAUUUUAUUAUGGUCAAAUUGACAUAAUUAUAUCCUGAGAAAUAUUUUACUCAAGAAUUGUAAACUGCUUUUGAGGAAAUGUUGUCUUCUGUAUGGCUUAACAUUUAGUCUAAUUUUUUAAUCUGUUUAGUACACUUCUUUCAAACCUGUGCUUUACACAUCUCAUGUGCUUUCAGAUUUCUACCCUGCAUAGGUAUGUUUUUGAUCAUAAAUACCAUUGGCAUCUUUGAUCUGGGACUUCGAAUAAGACACCUCGAUACACUAGAGUUUCUGGAAGAUUAAAAUCUAUGAUUUUAGAACUAUUUAGAGACUUCUAAUCGUUAAUCCUCUCAUUCUUUAGUGCAUGCUCUGUUGGUAUGAUUUCAC